AUGGGGAAUUGUUGCUCUCGUGGCAGCCCCGCCGCCGAAGACGCUAACGACGACAAGGGAGAUGCGCCAAAGCAAGCAGAAGGUUCACCACCAUCAGGAGGAGCCAGCUCCAACUCCAUGUCAGACUCCAUCGGGAACGUCUUAGGACGGCCAAUGGAAGACAUUAAAGCAACGUACACCAUCGGUAAGGAAUUGGGUAGGGGGCAGUUCGGGGUGACCCAUUUGUGUACUCACAAGACGACCGGGGAACAAUUCGCUUGCAAGACGAUAACCAAGAGAAAACUAUCUACCAAAGAGGAUAUUGAAGACGUUAAAAGGGAAGUACAGAUCAUGCACCAUUUGACGGGUCAGCCUAACAUCGUGGAACUCAAGGGAGCCUACGAAGAUAAGCAUUCGGUUCAUUUGGUGAUGGAGUUGUGUGCCGGAGGAGAGCUGUUUGAUAGGAUCAUUGCUAAGGGCCAUUAUAGCGAGCGUGCUGCAGCUUCUUUGCUUCGAACCAUUGUUCAGAUUGUGCACACUUGCCAUUCUAUGGGGGUCAUCCAUAGGGAUCUCAAGCCUGAGAAUUUCUUGUUGUUGAACAAUGAUGAAGAUUCCCCUCUCAAGGCCACUGAUUUUGGUCUCUCAGCCUUUUACAAGCCAGGUGAAGAAUUCAAAGACAUUGUUGGAAGUGCAUAUUAUAUUGCACCUGAAGUUUUGAAGAGGAAAUAUGGACCUGAAGCUGAUAUAUGGAGUGUCGGAGUUAUGUUGUAUAUUCUUCUAUCUGGUUCUCCACCCUUCUGGGCAGAGUCCGAAAAUGGGAUAUUCAACGCAAUUUUGCGAGGUCACAUUGAUUUCUCGAGUGACCCAUGGCCUCGAAUUUCAACUCAAGCAAAGGAUGUCGUAAGGAAGAUGCUAAACGCGGAUCCCAAACAGAGGUUAACCGCCAGCCAGGUUCUAAGUCAUCCAUGGAUUAAAGAGGAUGGUGAAGCACCGGAUACACCUCUUGACAAUGCAGUUCUAAACAGGCUCAAACAGUUCAAAGCAAUGAACCAGUUCAAGAAAGUUGCUUUGCGGGUGAUUGCGGGGUGUUUAUCAGAAGAAGAAAUCAUGGGGUUGAAAGAGAUGUUCAAGGGCAUGGACACCGAUAACAGCGGCACCAUAACACUUGAAGAAUUGAAGCAAGGGCUUGCAAAGCAAGGAACCAAACUCUCUGAAUACGAAGUUAAACAAUUAAUGGAGGCCGCUGAUGCAGAUGGAAAUGGAACCAUAGACUACGAUGAGUUCAUCACUGCCACAAUGCAUAUGAACCGAAUGGAUAGAGAAGAUCAUCUCUACCAUGCCUUCCAACACUUUGAUAAAGAUAACAGCGGGUAUAUCACUACCGAAGAACUGGACCAAGCUCUACGUGAAUAUGGAAUGCAUGAUGACCAAGACAUAAAGGAAAUCAUUUCUGAAGUUGACAUCGAUAAUGAUGGACGGAUCAACUAUGAUGAAUUUGUGGCAAUGAUGAGGAAAGGAAACCCCGAACCAAAUCCUAAGAAACGACGUGAAUUGUUCAUUUAAUUAUUAUUGUGUUGAAUAAAUAAGCUGUAAAUAUUCCCUUGAUAGGCUAAUGGAUAGAUGACCCGACGUGAAAAACAUGCAGGAAAAAAAAAGUAAUAUAAAUUCUGCUGAAAAGAAAAAAAUAAAUUAUUAUGAUAAUCAAAAGAAGGUUCAAGUGUCGGGUUUUUUGUUAGAUCCACUAAAUCUAUGAAUAGCUCAAGGGGUGUAUUAUAUGUUAGAUUUACCAGGUCAGUCUAAUGGUUAUUGGGUUGUGCUAUCUGUUAGGUCGUCAUUAAAAG